AUGAAAGCGUACGCAAAGAAACGUAUCUCUUACAUGCCAUCGUCACCAUCACAAAAUGUUAUUAACUUUGAAGAAAUCGAAACUCAAAAAGAAAACAUUCUUCCCCUGAAGGAAGGCAGAUCAGCAGCGGCACUCUCGAAAGCGAUACAUCAACCACUGGUGGAAAUAAACCAAGUUAAAUCAAGCUUCGAACAAAGACUGAUAGAUGAGCUCCCUGCAUUAAGCGACCCAAUUACUUUGUAUCUUGAAUACAUAAAGUGGCUGAACAACGCCUAUCCACAAGGCGGUAAUUCCAAACAAUCUGGAAUGCUCACCCUUUUGGAGCGAUGUUUAUCUCACUUAAAGGAUUUGGAGAGAUAUCGCAAUGAUGUUAGGUUUCUUAAAAUAUGGUUUUGGUACAUAGAACUUUUUACCAGAAAUUCAUUCAUGGAAAGCAGAGACAUUUUCAUGUAUAUGUUAAGAAAUGGAAUUGGUUCCGAGUUAGCGUCAUUUUAUGAAGAAUUUACGAAUCUAUUAAUUCAGAAAGAAAAAUUUCAAUAUGCCGUGAAAAUUCUACAGCUAGGAAUCAAAAAUAAGGCUAGGCCUAAUAAGGUUUUAGAAGACCGGUUAAACCAUCUCCUGAGAGAACUGGGGGAGAACAAUAUUCAGCUAGGAAAUGAAAUAUCGAUGGACUCAUUAGAGUCUACAGUACUUGGGAAAACCAGAUCUGAAUUUGUCAAUAGACUAGAGCUUGCAAAUCAAAAUGGCACAUCAAGUGACGUCAAUUUAACAAAAAACAACGUAUUUGUAGAUGGAGAAGAGUCUGAUGUAGAACUAUUCGAAACUCCGAAUAGAGGUGUUUAUAGAGAUGGCUGGGAAAAUUUUGACUUAAAGGCAGAAAGGAACAAAGAAAACAACCUUCGAAUAUCAUUGCUAGAAGCAAAUACCAAUUUGGGUGAGCUUAAACAACAUGAGAUGUUAUCGCAAAAAAAGAGACCAUAUGAUGAAAAACUACCGAUCUUUAGAGAUUCUAUAGGUAGAAGUGACCCUGUUUAUCAAAUGAUUAAUACAAAGGACCAGAAACCAGAAAAAAUUGACUGUAAUUUUAAACUGAUUUAUUGUGAAGAUGAGGAAUCUAAAGGUGGUAGACUAGAAUUUUCGCUAGAAGAAGUCUUGGCAAUUUCUAGAAACGUUUAUAAAAGGGUUAGGACAAAUAGGAAACAUCCAAGAGAAGCAAAUUUAGGGCAAGAAGAAAGCGCAAAUCAAAAAGAAGCUGAAGCACAAUCGAAAAGACCAAAAAUAAGUAGAAAAGCCUUAGUCUCCAAGUCGUUGACCCCCUCAAACCAGGGAAGAAUGUUUUCUGGCGAAGAGUACAUAAACUGCCCUAUGACGCCAAAGGGACGAAGCACUGAGACGUCUGAUAUCAUCUCAGCUGUCAAGCCGCGGCAGUUAACCCCAAUUUUAGAAAUGAGAGAAUCAAAUUCUUUUUCUCAAAGCAAAAAUUCUGAGAUCAUUUCAGAUGAUGACAAGUCGAGUUCGUCUUUCAUAUCGUACCCACCACAGCGUUGA